GCACCGCCCACGGAGGGGAAGUGUGUCCCAAGGCCAUGAGUUUUUGUUUUAAAGGUCAGGAGACCUUAGCCCUAUCCCCUCUUCUUGGGUUCGUGCGAGUCUUGUUGCUUCUUAGAGAUUUUUAUGGUUGGACGUUGUAGUCCGUGGCAUUGUGGCGAGGUGGGCCACACCGUACGAUUCUACCAACAGCGGCGGGACGACGAAAAGGCAGGAUUAAUCUCCACCUGUAUGGACGGGGAUAUAUACGAUCGGUGGGGAACACACAUUGACCCCAAGACCCGUGGAGGAAUCAGGCAGGAAGCCCUCAGGGGGGCAGCGGCCGGGCCUCCAGCAGCCCCAACAGUGUUUAGGAUAUGGCAGGAAAGGCAAGACCCCGGUGUAAGAGUCGAGGAGAUUGUGAAUGAAAAUGAGGAAGUAACUCAGUGGUUGAAGGCGGGGGCUAUAAAGGAGGAGCCCAUAGUUGUUGAGUCUGACGAUGAGGCGCAGGAAGUGGUGAGAGAGUCAGCCUCGACCAUCCUGGAGAGGAUGGAGGACCUACUUGCAAAGGUCGGCAGGUAUAAGGAACGACUAAGGGCAAUGUGUGAAAAGGCCCGAGAAUGGGAAAUGAGCCUUCCUGAGGUGAUGCUCUAUGGGUCCGGUCCGGAGUCGUCGUCAGGACCACAAGGAUGUCCAAGCGUGGCGACGGUCGGGGCAGGUCCUAGGUCAGGGAUGACCUUCAGACCCCCUACGUUGCAUGAAAGGGUACAUCAGGCCGCGCAGACUAGGGGCCAAAGUAAGGCUACCACCAGUCAAGGGCCUAACCAGGCACCCAGUCGGACGCCCCCUCGAAAGGACCCUGAGCCUGAACGAAGGAAGGAAGUGGUAGAGGUUCAAGAAGAGGAAGAUGAGGGUGAUGACGAAGAGGACGAGAGGCUCCGGCAGGAGGAGGACCAAAGGGCGAAACAGAGCGCCAAGAAGAGAGGGGCUCAGGGAGGGGCGGAGCCGAGUCUGUAUGAUGGCGUGCCAAAGAGGAAAAAGUACGCGGUCCGGCUGGAGGAAGGCUUUGAUGUGGAGCGAAUGGUGGACAAGCUCCUGGAAAGCCAUAACGAUUUGAUGAAUCUAAAGGACAUUUUGGCCUCGGCACCCAGGCUCCGUGAUGAGCUGAAAGGGCGGCUCUCGCGAAGAUUAGUGCCCAAUGUCCACCUGAGCUCAAUUCUACCUGGGGAGAUAGAGUGGACAGAGGCAGGCACCAGGAUGGAUUGGAAAUGUGUGGCGUGUGGGUUGGUGGACUUGAAGGUGAGGGACCAGCCGAGCAUCGCAAUGGUGGACACGGGCGCGGAGAUGAAUAUCAUCCGGGAGCGGGACGCGACCAUGUUGGGGUUGGAGGUCGACCAUUCGGACCAUGGCGUGUUGCAUGGCGCCAACUAUAAGGUCAUUUUUUGCGGCACCGCGUCUAAUGUGAUGGUGGAGAUUGGGAGAGUAAGGGCGCGAACGUCCUUCUUCGUCAUGCCCGUUGUCGACCACCCUAUUCUUCUGGGGAGGUCGUUCCUCUGCCGGACGGAGACCUUGGUCUUCAACAUGCAUGAGGGGACGAUAAUCCUGGCUCUAUUGAUCCGACUUGCGGAAAAUACGAAAUCAUCAAGUGCCAGAACACAAGGCCCGGAAGUGCGAGGAAUAGGCUCAACCUCGGCUCCUUUACCUUCGAGGAGUCGGAGUACGCGCGACGGAGACUCCUGGAGGAACAGGAGGGGGAAGGAGCAGGCGAGGUGCUGUCCCUGAGCCUUAACGAUGUGAAUAAGGCAAUGGAGGUGGUGGCGGCGCACGAUAUGGCGGACCUGGAAGCCAUAAAGGCAUUGAGGGAGCAG